UUGUUAACUCGUCUAAACUAGUGGUAAAGAAAUAACUUCUGGUGAGGAAGAAUUUAAGGAAGAAUGGAAAUAAAGCAUGAAAAGAAUGAUGAAUUCUUAAAUUGUGUCUUUAUUGAGGAAGACUACAGUAUUGACGAUCAAUUUGAUCCACUUUCCUGCAUUGUAAAGAAGGAGGAAACUGAGGAAGUUGAUGUGAAACCAGAUUUUCCCUUCUGGGAUCGAGAUCCAGAUGAAUCAGUUGAUUUUAAGGAUCCUCCUCCACCAGAUGACGAUUCUAAUUCCACAGGAUCCUUUAGAGACUCCAAGGAAGAGCUGAAGGUGCUUGUAAAUGAUGCUCCAGCAACAGCAGCAGGUGAUGAAACAGCUGCUAACGAGGCUGCUGAUGAGAAAAUUAUUACAAAGAAGGAGCACAAAUGCCCGGAUUGCGGGAAAGUCUUUGACACAUCGACAAGGCUGAAGAGACAUCUGGGAUCACAUGAAAAACGACGCCUCAAGGAAGCUGCUGGUGCUACGGUGAAGAAGCCAAAGAAUAAAAUUUGCCAAACAUGUGGUAAAGCUUUUGCAACAAAUCAAAAAUUGAACCGACACAUUGCAACUCAUGCCAAGCAUGCAGAGGAGGAGGAAGAUCCUGCUGGGAUUAAUAGGAUGCACAAAUGUCCUAAAUGUGGCAAAGGAUUCUCCUAUCCAUCCACCCUUAAGCGCCACAUUGACACCCACACGGAUGAUGAUGGGAUAGUCAAGCUCUUUCAGUGUCGGGAAUGCUCGAGAUUCUUCCCAACGAAGCUAAAGUUGGAGCUGCAUCAGCAAUUGCACACGGAUAAGGCGCUAAUUUGCAACAUUUGCAGCAAACGCUUUACGAAGAUCUUUAAUUUGGAAGCUCAUAUCCUCCGGCAUACCACUGAAGGGAAAUUUCUCUGUGAGGAAUGCGGCAGGAAGUUCAACAGUGACCACAACCUACGUACGCACAUCUUCCGCAUCCACAAUCCACGUUCACGCGAGGAAACGGCUGUUCUGUGCAAUCUCUGUGGGAAAGCCUUCUUCGACCAGAAAGCCUUUGAGAGGCAUGAGGUGGUGCACACGGAUGUACGCACCGUUCCCUGCCCACUGUGCCCGAUGAUGUUCAAAACAGCCCAGAAUCGCAACAUUCACAUGACCAUCCACACGGGAGAGAAGCCACAUGCCUGCAAAAUCUGUGGGAAAGCCUUCCGGCGGUACAGCUGGCUCAAAACUCACAUGUUUGUACAUGGAAAUGACCGGAAGGACUGCCCCUACUGCAAGACAUGCACCAAAAGUAUCUACCUCCGGAAGCACAUUGUUACCAAGCAUCGUGGCCUACCCGUUCACAUCACAGACGGACCAAUGGGCUGUACAAUCUGCAAGGAAGUCUUUGCAACACUCAAUGAACUCAAGGAUCACGUUGAAGUACAUUCCACUUGUGAGGAACUUCCGGAUGCAGCAGCCCAAACGGAAACUCCAAAGGAUUCUGCUGAGCAACAGGAAGACCGUCAAAAUGUCCAAAAAGUUCCGGAAGAAGAGGAAAAAGGAAUCAAAUUAGUGGUGCUGUAGAAGAAUUUCUCUUAAAAGCUUUUAAAUUUCCUUUUAAAAGCUUUUAAAAUAAAAAUCUGAUGCGAUGAA